AUGCGGCCGAAGCGGUCACCGAGCUCCAAAGCCUCGGAGUUUGUUUCCAACCUCUCGUCCAGGAAGUUGUCGCCACCUGAGGUUAGCGUCCUUGCUAAAGGCCACAGCUUCAAUAUGUCGGGUGGUCGACCUCCCUUGGCGAGGAUCGCGGCAGCCGUGGAGGACGGGAUCCGUCAUCUUGAAUCCAGCGUCCGGGAAUCAGUGAGGCUGAAAGCGAUUGGCAUCCUGGCACAUGGCCUAAUGAAGAAACAGCCGUCCAAUCUGUCCCCGGAGGAAAAACGAGCCCUGCGAGAGCUGCGCGAGGACCCCACAAUUGUAAUCUUGCCUGCGGACAAAGGGAACGCUACUGUCGUCCUUGACCGGCGAGACUACGACCGCAAGGUCCAAGACCACCUUGUUAGUGGCACUUACGGCAAACUUAAGAAGGACCCUACAGCGCAGGUACAGAGAGACCUCAACAAGCUCCUAGGAGACGUAUUCGUGAAACACCCUGAUGCCAGAGCUCUGCACCUUCGUUUGAUGUGCAGAAACGGUAGUGCUCCCGGAUUCUACGGGCUUCCCAAGACCCACAAGCCCGGUGUUCCCUUGAGGCCGAUUGUGGAUUUCACAUCUUCGCCACUUCGAGCCCUGUCGAGCUUCUUACACAGGAUUCUGGCCCCUCUCGUGGGAAACACGCCGACGCACGUGAGAAACAGCAGCCAUUUUGUUGAGAUUCUCUCCCCGAUACCGAUUUGCGAAGAUGAGUGCCUCGUGUCAUUCGACGUAGUCUCCCUCUUCACAAGCAUACCUGUCCAAUUAGCAGUGACCACAGCGCGUGAAGUGCUGGAGUGUGACGAAAACCUCGAGGCAAGAACAGGCCUGAGCGUCGACGAGCUGAGCCGCCUUUUGAACUUUUGUCUCAGCAGCACGUACUUCUCCGUCAACGGAGAAUACUACAAACAGCUAACUGGUACUGCAAUGGGGGCAUCUGUGUCUGUAACGGCAGCAAACCUCGUGAUGGAGGCAGUGGAGGGAAGAGCACUGCAGACGGCCGGCAUCACCCCAAAAAUAUUUUUGCGGUAUGUCGACGACUGUUUCUGUAUCCUAAAAACUUCUGCCGUAGACGCCUUCACAGCCCAUCUGAACUCUAUUGAGCCGGCCAUCCAGUUCACCGUGGAACGGGAAAAAAACAACUGCUUGCCAUUCCUCGAUGUCCUCGUGGAAAGGCACCUGAGUUUCUGA